GAAGGAGGUGCCAAGGGUCACGCGGCUCUGUCGCGUUAGUUGCCUAAAGUUCCUCCCUCUCACCUACUCCGUACUAUGCUGGCCUAUCUCGACUUUGGCGCCUAGACUUCAACGACUCCUCUUGCGAAGAGAAAAGCUUCCUGUGCACAUUCUAGUGGCACGUUCUGUUUGCGCGACGACAAUUGGCAUCGCCCACUCUAUCGUGUUGUUCCAUUCACCUAAUCACACGAAGACCCUCGCUAUCGUUCAGCGACAGACGAUUAUAUCGCCGUUGGCACUUUCCCAACACCCUCACAAAGCAUGGCAGAGGGGGCAGCGCUGGCAGAAAUGUCCUCCAAUAUCCAAGAGUCCGAGUUGGCUUGCCGAAAACGAUCACAUGAGGACUUCACGGACAAUGCCAAGUCAGAAGAACAACCCCCAAAACGCCAACAUGGGGACGCGAAACUUGGCCUCAGUCGUGAGCUACACCCUUUCGAACGAUCGAAUCAUCAACUGACAGCCUCAGCCGGCCAAACUCAGCUACAAUCGCCGCCCACCCACUCCCCAGCUCUUACCGAGGGCAAUAGUGCGACGACUCAUAACUCUCCACAAACGCCAAGCAAAAGCUCGACUGUACCAGCAGCGGAACCCAAUGCAGCUACCUCAAGUCAAAGUGUGAAGCCAACUGCAAAAGCACAAAAGAAGAAGUUGACGCCCGCUGAGCGAGAGGCGAGGGACAAGGAGGCGGCGGAGAAGAAGGCUCAGCGAGAUCGAGAGGCCGCCGAGAAACAGAAGAAGAAGGAGGAGAAGGCACGGGAGGCUGAGGAAAGGAAGAAGCAGAAGGAAGAGGAAGAUCGCCUUAAAGCCGAGGAAAAAGAACAAAAAGACAAGAUCAAGGCGCAAAAGGCCCAAGAGAAGGAGGAUAAAAAGCGAGCAAUCGAAGAGGCCAAGGAGAAAGAAGCACGCAAACAACCGAAGCUUAAAAGUUUCUUUGGUGGUUCCGUUGCGUCGAAGAAGGCCCCCAGUCUACCAACCCAAGGAUCGCCGAACAAAGCGGCAACGAGCACAACGUCGACCGUCUCAGACGCCCCGUACCGAAAGCUAUUCAUGCCAUAUUGCGCUGGAACUCAUGUCACGAUGGCGCCGACUACAAAUUGCCAAAUGGACGAUGAGACAAAGGAGACAAAGGCGUCGAUACUUGAUGAGUACCUCUCGGGCACGCGCUCACCUGAGGGCCGUCCCUUCAGGGCGGCCGAAGUGCUCCAGUCCUACGGCAAGCCUACGCGACGCGGGAAGCAACAACACCCUGUUCGACACAUUAUGGAGGCGAUGUACAAAGACCUAGGGAAUGCAGGACCAGAUGGACAGAACCAGACUAUGAAAGUGGCACGGCAAAAGCUGUCUCAAGUGCCAUUAAAAGUCAUCGCCUUCUCGCAGGAUGUACGCCCUCCUUACUACGGUACUUGCACUUUUAAGCAGUUUGUGCUUGGCGAGAAGCACAUGAGGGGUCUCGCCAAAUGCUCAACAGGGAAGCUUCUGCCAUUAGACUACGACUACGACUCCGAGGCUGAGUGGCAGGAAGAGGAAGGCGAGGACCUGGAUGGCGACGACGAGGAAGAGGAGCUAGACGAUGAAGACGACAUGGAUGGCUUCCUCGACGAUGCCGAAGACACUGGUCCUGCUCGACGAUUGUUCAUCAACACCAUGGAACCUGAGAGUACGGGAGUUUGUUUCGAAGGGAUGGGCCACCAAGCUGUCGACCCCCUGAUUCACCAACAUAAAAUGCAAAUGAUGAUCGAAUCACUCGACGAGACUGUUGGCUUGGAUCCGUGGACCGCUACUUAUUGGUCGCCAGAGCCUAAAGUCCCUGUCAACUUGACUGUUAAGGCAUUGCACAUGCCGCCUCCGCCUGCGCCAGCUCAUAGCGAUGCGUUCGCCGCCAUUAAGGCUGGUCCCCCUCCGCCCCAGGCGAAGCUAGUCAAGGCCGAGAUUAUGAACGAUGUGAAGAAGGCCAUACUCGACAACAAGGCGCUGUCGAAAGUUGGCAUUAUCGAUUUUGUCUAUCAUCAGUUCCGCGACAAUGCGUCGCGAACUGAAGUCAAGAACACGAUCGAGACGGUGGCCGAGAAGCAGGGCGCGGGACGGGCGAAGGAGUGGUGCCUCCGACCUGGUCACGAGAUGGCUGUCUGAGAAAGACCAAAGGUUUUGCCAGGCGCAACAACAGAGGGUGACGGGGUCAACGGAUAUGAUAUUACCAUCACAACAUGCUGGAACAUAGCGAUUGGAGUUUCGGCUGUUUGAGUUCUUGGUGGCGUGCCAUGAGCGAUACGCAAGUCCUACAUUGCUGGUUUAUAUUAGACUUGUAAAUGAUAAUGAACUACUGCCAUGCGAGAUACGGAGAGUUGUGAUGGGGAGAUUCUCCGCCAUGAAUUCCUGGUCCUCAACAAUUGCGUGGGAGUCCUGAUCAAAUGAAGUAUGGUACCUUCUUAUCUUAAUUACUACCAGGUACUUGGAGUCCGGAGUAGUAGAUGACACAUGUCGAAGACGU